GGUUUUGAUAAAUUUCCCCCAAUGUUUUUGUCCAUUUUGAAAGCCCUAGGCCCCCUAGAAGUGAAAACCUAAGCUAAUUUCAGCCAUCAUAUAUUUUUCCAAGUUUCAUACACUUUGAAGGCCCAAGGCAACCACUUGAGCUCAUUGUAGCCAUCGUUGCUGUAUAUCUUGCAAUGUUUUGUCCAUUUUGAUGGCCCUAGGUCCCAAGAGGUAGACACUGAAGCUUGUCUCGGUCAUCUAUUUCCUUUGAUCAGAACAUAAAAAGCUUUAGAUUGAAUUCUCCAUCAAAAAGAUUUGUAGCAGGUAUGGUCCUUGGCAACGCAGAGAUCUUUCUUGAGAGAAGAGACAAUGAAUUGUAUCCAGAAAAAGAAGUAAACCGCCAAGAUAUGCUCUUGACACUUCUACUGAAUAAACACUUACCUGUAAGAAGACCCUCACACUUUGAAAUGGAGCUGGAGAGCAAGUUAGAACAACUGGAACAGCUAGAAAAAUUGAAAGAACAACUUUUGGAAGAGAAGUCUGGUGAUAUAUCAUACACUAUGGACAGGCUCUCACCUUCACAUCCAAACAAGCGAGCCUGCUUCUGGAAAUACUGUGUGUGAAGAUUACACUGCAGGAAAGAGCAUAUUACGAUUCUUACCACAGCUUCGGCAUAUAGACCAAAAUUUUGCAACAAUGAAAAACUGUGAAGUUAUAUUUUUAUGCAAUGUUUGUAAUUUAUUUGUGUAGUUUGGUGUUCUACAUAUGAGACAUUACUUAGCCUUUUAUUCCCCUGAGCUUUACAAGCCCACAAUGCAUUAAGAAUAUUGCAUCACUUGACCCAUAAGAAGUUAUGAGCUGGAUUUACUAUUGUGUUUUCAAAUGUCAGCUGCUAUCCAUUACAUACUUUUAUUUUUAUUGGACUAUGUAUUUGAUUCCUUAUAUUAUAACCAGAUACUCA